UCUCUCUCUCUCUCUCUCUCUCUCUCUCUCUCUCUCUGUGUUUCUGCGAGGAGUGGGAAUAUCUUCAUUCAGCUCGGAGAGGGAAAAGCUUGUAUGUCCUCGGUCUCAGUGAGCGGUAGUGGAGUGUGUUUGGAGUAGUCUGGUGGUCGGGGGUUUGUGUGCAGUGCUGACUGAGGGGCUUCUCUGUCUGGAGGGGGAGGAUUUCUGGAGGAGCGAGCUGUUGCUCAGGAUUACAGGGCUGUUCUGAAGGAGCUCCGUUAGCAGGAACCGCUUUGUUUCAGACGGAUCGACUCUAAAGCGAACAGAAGCAGAGCUCGGACUAAAAUGGGACUGUGAGGUAGCGGAGAAAACACGCUCACAGGAUUUCGCCUCCUGUCUGCCCCUCUUCCUCCUCUCGGAAUGGGACUGCUCCGUCCCAUGUUGCACUUCUUCAGUGGGGGGUGUGGCCAUCCACGGGUGGGGCAGGUGGCCUAAUCCCCCCACAAACACCAGUCACCCUGACCCUUUGACCCUGUGACUUCGGUCUGACCUUGUCCAGCCAUGCCGUUCAGACUGAAGCUCCGGCGUACGAAGCGCUACAACGUCCUGAGUAAGAAUUACUUUGUGACGCGGAUCCGUCUGUUAGACAACAAUGUGAUCGAGUGCACGCUGUCUGUGGAGAGCACGGGCCAGGAGUGUCUGGAGGCGGUGGCACAGCGCCUCGAACUGCGCGAGACGCAUUAUUUUGGCCUGUGGUUCCACUCUAAAGCUCAGGUGCCUCGAUGGGUGGAGCUGGAGAAGGCGCUGAAGAAGCAGUUGGAUAAGUUUGGUAAUGAACCGUUGCUGUUCUUCGGGGUGAUGUUCUACGUGCCCAAUGUCUCCAGACUCGAGCAGGAGGUCACCAGGUAUCAGUACUACCUGCAGGUGAAGAAGGAGGUUCUUGAUGGUCGUCUUCACUGCAGUGUGGAGCAGGGCAUUCGGCUGGCCGGCCUCGCUGUGCAGGCGGACUUUGGAGAUUUCACUCAGUAUCCGUCUCAGGACUUCCUCAGGGAAUAUGUGCUGUUCCCCGUGAACUGGCCUCAUGUGGAUGAGGUGCUGGAGGACUGGACACAGAAAGUGGCAGAAGAACACAAGAGUCACUAUCGAAUGCAGCCAGCAGAAGCAGAGCUACUCUACAUCAAAGAGGCGGAGAAACUCGAUGGAUUUGGGCAAGAAAGCUUUGCAGCAAAAGACAAUUACACUAAUGACCUCUUCAUCGGCGUGUCCUUCAUUGGAGUCUUCGUCAAGCACAGGAAUGGGAGGUCAAUCAUGCUGCACCGAUGGAAGGACAUCGGCACCAUCGGGCACAACAAGUCGGCAAUCACGGUGGAGAUAACCAGCAAAGACGACACCAUCAUGUUCCACACGGAGGACAUGGAGAUGGCCAAGUAUAUCGCCCGUCUCUUCACUGCCAGGCACAAGUUCUACAAACAAAACAAAAUCUGCUCAGAGCCCAACAAUUCUCCUGUCACCAUACGGAGAAGACCCACCUGGAACAGACUGCCCAGGCCCCAGUCGUGUAUUCUACACUCCCAGUACGCCGACCACUAUCAGGAUACGCAGAGUUCACAAGACAGCAUCUUCCACGAUGACCCGUACUAUAAGUCUGAGACGAGCCUGGUGGAGAUCGGAUAUCGGAACGGCCUGAUGCCCAACGGCAGUAUGUGCAGCAGCCCGAGUGUGGGCUCUCUGAACCGCUCUCAAACGUUCGUCCACUCCUCGCCUAUGUCGUCCAAUUUGAGCAUUCCUGGCAGCGAGCUGAUGCGUCCUGACUACAUCCCCAGCCACCGGCACUCCACCAUCAUCGCCCCGUCCUACCGACCCACUCCGGAAUACGAUGCCGUGAUGCGACAAAAGCGGCGCCUCCUUCCAGCCACACCUUCCUCAGACUGUCACAGCCAAUCGCUGCGCAGCCUCAACAUAAGCAAUGCCUAUGCUUACCGGCAACCUGAGGCGCUGGUCUACAGCCAGCCGGAAAUGAGGGAACGAGGGAUGUACCCUGGGCCCUAUGGGGGAGGAGGAGGGGGCCCCCAACCUGGGUACGGCCCACCUACUGGACCUUCUCCCUCCCACCCAGGACCAGGGGUCAUCCGGCCUGCCUCCGGUCAGCCGGCUCCAGCUGGAAACGGCAUCUCGCACACAGUUAGCACACCUGAACUUGCCAACACCAAGCAGCAGGCGGUCAAUGGUAGAACCAAUGACCAGUCUUAUGCUGCCCAUAUGCUGAGGAACCACCUGUCUAGACCUCCCCCACCUUAUCCAGCCUCCUUUCGGCCAGCCACAAGCACCCCGGACCUUGCCAGCAGCCACCGCCAGCGCUGCAUAGGGGGCUCCAGCCCAGAACUAGUCACGCGCAAGGUCCAGCUGUCCGUCAAGACCUUCCAGCCUGACAGUUCAGCCGUGGUGGACCUGCAGUCACUGCAGGAGGUCAGCGAGCCGCUGACCACAGCCAAGCGCCGGGCCGCGUUAGCCAAGCGCCACAGCAUGGAAGUGGUUGGAGGCAUGCGGGCGAUGGAGGCGUUAGUCAUGAAGGGAGCUACGGUAGUCCUGCAUCGAAGAAACACGUUAAGAGAGCAAGCCCCGCCUCCAGCAACGCCUCCACAGCCUCAGGCCCCACCUCCUCCUCCACAGCCGCCCCAGCUGUCCGAAGUCCCUGUGCAAAAAUCUGAGCACCAGGCUCAACCAGCAGCAGCAGCAGCAGCAUACCAGCACCAGAAAACAUUGUCCAAUGUCACCAUGCUGAUCCACAGCAGUGAGAGCGAGGAGGACGAGGAGGAAGAGGCCCCAGAGCUGGACGUACAGAUUCCAGGCCUCAACGAGGACAUCAGCGCUCAGCUACAAGCAGCCCUGGCCAACAUCCCGAGCAAACCGCCACCCGAGUACCCAGGUCCACGCUCCAGCAGCACCAACAUCGCACUCAGACACCACAACCAGGACCGCAGCCGUGGUUCUCCAGAAGCAGCCCAGGGGCAGACUGAAGCUGAAGCACAGGCAGGAGGGCUCCGGGCUGGUCAGAAUGCGGCUGGAGGUGCUCAGGUCGGCGUUAGCGGAGCCACUCUUGGACCCUCUAUCUCUGAGCCCGACUUGACCAGCGUGAAGGAGAGAGUGCGGAAAGAGCCGGUGAAGGAGAGGCCAGUGUCAGAAAUGUUCUCUAUCGAGGACAGCAUUGUGGAGAGAGAGAUCAGACAAAGGACACUGGAAAGGCAGAAGCUUUCGGCCGACUCGAUGAAGAGGCCUCUGAUGAUGGCAGCUCUGAACGGACUGUACGUAGCCCGCAUGCCUGUCCCGGAAAACCCACACGAGGACGCCUCCAGCAAGGCCAUCACAGAUGAACGAUGUAAGCAUCUGGAGAUGAGGUUGGAGGAGGAGCGUCUCUUCACUGAGUAUGAGCAGAUCCUGAAGAAGCGAGCGGAGUGUAACCUCAGCACAGCCGUGGUGCCUGAGAACACUGAGCGCAACAGAUUCCGAGACGUGGUUCCAUACGAGGACAACCGUGUAGAGCUGGUUCCAAACAAAGAAAACAACACAGGCUACAUUAACGCCUCCCACAUCAAGAUGAUGAUCAGAGGGGAGGAGUGGCACUACAUUGCCACACAAGGGCCUCUUCCCAACACUUCCCAUGAUUUCUGGCAGAUGGUUUGGGAGCAGGGGGUCAAUGUCAUUGCCAUGGUUACAGCAGAAGAGGAGGGAGGUCGCUCUAAGAGUCACAGGUACUGGCCUAAACUAGGCUCCAAGCACAAUUCUGCGACACAUGGCAAAUUUAAGGUGACCACCAAGUUCCGCACAGACUCAGGGUGCUACGCAACGACGGGGCUGAAGGUCAAGCACCUGCUGUCCGGUCAGGAGCGGACCGUGUGGCAUCUGCAGUACACGGACUGGCCUGAGCACGGCUGCCCAGAAUAUGUGCAGGGCUUCCUCUCUUACCUGGAGGAGAUCCAGUCUGUGCGUCGGCACACAAACAGCAUGCUCGACACCUCAAAGAGUCCCAACCCGCCGGUGGUGGUACACUGCAGUGCAGGCGUUGGCCGCACCGGUGUGGUCAUUCUGACUGAACUCAUGAUCAGCUGCCUGGAGCACAAUGAGAGGGUGGAGGUGCCUGUAAUGUUGAGCCGGUUGAGGCAACAGAGAAUGCUGAUGGUCCAGACAGUCUCCCAGUACAAGUUUGUGUAUCAAGUUCUGAUCCAGUUCCUCAAGAGCUCCAGACUCAUCUGAAUUUGAAUCUCUGUGUGUGUAUACAUGUGUAUACAUACUUGUGUGUGUGUGUGCACCAUCCUGACCAAGCUGCUACUGGUGCCAUCAUCUAGCCUUUGAUUGCCUUUGGCUUAAGGCCUGGCCAAACAGGCCAAACUGGCCUGGCCUGAGCAUUUCGUAUUUGACCUUGCAGCGUCUGAAAAAGGACCAGCAUUCCCAACGUAUUACGACCAACAUGGAGAAGAAUCCCUUAAAAAAAUCCAACCACUAUGAUCAACUGUCUGUUACAGCCAGAUGUCUGCAUCACGCUGAGAUACUUUUCUAGAACGGGGUCAUCAGGUACGUCUAUGGAAUCCGUAUCGUUCCACCUGAGAUUUUCUAAUGAACUGGGAGCUCAUAUAGAGGUCACCAUUGAACCAUUAGACUCUGAAGUGGCAAGUUUAUAAUGUAUUUUCUAUAAAUUGAAUGAGUCUAAAUGACUAUGUUUCUCAGUAAACAAAAAUAUAUGUAUUUCUUUAAUCUUUUUUUUUUUUUUUUUUUUUUUUUUUAAAAGCUCAUGAGGUCCCUAAUUGCACCAACAAAUGACAAAUCAUACUCUUUAUAUAUUGGGAGAAUACUGAAAAAAAAAAAUACUAAGAGAAGGUGUGUGAAUCCCAGCGCAUUGAUGGACCCUUUUGGACCUCUUAUAAAUAAUAUAAACAAGAUAAUCAAGAAGCAGAGAAAUGUACUUGCUGUUGGAAACAGCAGAAGACAAAGGCCACUGUAAGAGUAUUCUGAAUCUGAGGUGAAUUCUGUGUAAUCCGUGAUAAGCAGGGGAAUCAGGCCAGUUUAGUAUCCACUGAAAUUGUCACCUGAGUUGUGUUAUUGACACUAAAACAGAACCUUCAAGCUGUACAUAGAAUGAAAGCAUUAUGCUUUAUGUACAUGCUUAUGAAAGCAUUUUGAUAUGUAAUGCUUUCAAUUGUUGUAAUUUUUUUUUUCACUUUAAUUUAUUAUUAUCCUUUUGUGUGUGUGUGUGUCUCUUUCUGUAGGUCUCUUAUUUCACUCUGUGUCAAGUAAAUAGUUGGUAUACACAGAGGCCAUAGUGCAGGAUAUAUUACACUUUUCCAUUCCCUUGUGCAUUUCAGUUAAAUCCACUGCAAGUAUAUCACAUGUUUUUUCAGCUCUCUGCUUCAUCUCUUUGGUCAGAUUACCAUGAAUACAAUUUGGACAAAAAUGAUGUGUGUGCCAGAGCCUACCCUGAGGCCCAACCUGAACUUGGGCCGGGUCAGGCCAAGAUUUUCACUACGUUCCUAAUGCCCUGUUUUUUCGGGCUCAAGAAAAUGCUCUGUGAUGUAGGCAAUUUUAUGUUAUUUCUUAUUUUAUAUUAAGUUAUGGCGUAAUAAUUACAAUAUAGCAAAGUAACAAAUCACAAUGUAAUCACACACAUGCCAGAUCCUCCUCUCGUUCACUUUGGUUUAUGUUUAACGCUUAGCAAAACCUGCAGUUCCAAACGGAUAAAAUGAAAAGCUCAGCACGUCAGUCAGUCGUCACACCUCUAUUGUGUAUUUUUCUAACUAAACAGGAGUUCCACACGUGGCUGCCAGACAACACAAUAAAAACUUUUAGAGGCAGAAAUCAGUACACGCACGUUUGACACGCAAAUGAGCAUAAACACGUUUUCGUCAAGGGAAAUUUAUGUUUUCUUAAAUAAUAUAUACAGUACAGGCCAAACGUUUGGACACACCUUUUCAUUCAGUGCGUUUUCUUUAUUUUUAUGACUAUUUACAUUGUAGAUUCUCACUGAAGGCAUCAAAACUAUGAAUGAACACAUGUGGAGUUUUAUGUACUUAACAAAAAAUGACCUGGACUCUACACUCACCGGACCUGAACCCAAUCCAGAUGGUUUGGGGUGAGCUGGACCACAGAGUGAAGGCAAAGGAGCAACAAGUGCUAAACACCUCUGGGAACUCCUUCCUUCAAGACUGUUGGAAAACCAUUUCAGGUGACCACCUCUUAAAGCUCAUUGAGAGAAUGAUGCCAAGAGUGUGUAAUUUGUAAUUAAAAUGAUAUAAUGAUAUGUUAUUUUCGCCACUAUUUAAUAUAAUUUAAGUAUGAAUCCUCAAAAUGAUUGUGAUGUUAAAUCUAUAUUUUAUUCACAUUUUUAAUGUGAAAUAUACUUACUUAUAUUAAAUAGUGGCGAAAAUAACAUACGACUAGCAUACUUAGUAUGAAUUUAGUGCAAAUUUAUAUCAUUUUAAUUACAAAUUAUUGUAAUAUUUGUUUUUGCUAAAAAAUAAUAUUUGUUAUUUUUAUUAUUUGUUUUACAAACAAAUUAUUGGUUCCAAAAUAAUGUAACUUAAGUAUACUUAUUUUUUACAAGGGCAGUAAUCAGAGCAAAGGGAGGCUAUUUUAAGAGAAGGUGUGUCCACACUUUUGGCCUGUACUGUAUAAUAUAAUAUAAAUAAUUCGGAACAGAUUUCGGUCAUUCAAACAACUCGGACAAAGUACAAAGUUCAGUUUUAACACUCCACUUAUUAAAUUAAUGUCAGGUUUAAAUUCAUUUCUGGGUCUUAAUAACAGUUUAUGGGCUCGGACAGAACAUUUUAUCUGGCAAAUUGCUCGAUGAAUCUGGCCCCGGCCUUUGACGUUGCAUGUGUCUAAAAAUAUAUACGAUUUAACCUUGAUGUGUAAUUGAUAUCAGUACUGCAUCAGUACUAAAGGGUUAAUACUGUAUUUUUCACAAUAUAAAGUGCACUGUAGUAUGAGGAGCAUUUUAUGCUACACUAGUAACUAUUUGUAGGAACAGGGGUGUCGCCAUGUUUUCCUUCGAAAUUCAGCAGGUAAAGCUUAGCUAGGUAAACAAAACAGAAAUUCUUAAAAAAACAACUACAAUUUAGAUGAAUCAAACAUGCUGGAUGUUAAUCUACACAGAUUUCUCUCCUGAAAACUGUUUAUUUGGGUGAGUACAGCACUUUUUUUUAUUUACAGUAAGCUUAGAUUUACAGAUUUUCACUAAGGCUGGCCCAUUAGCGGCUAACCGUUAGCGGCCUUAGUGGCCGAAAAUACUCACAUCUGAAUGGCCAAAGAGCACUUACCACGAUUAGCGGCUAAUGCUAAUACUGCUUGAGAACUAAACUUAAACUCCUGUAUAAACGCUGUACUUCGGUAGAGCGGCUUUACUGCUCCUUAAUACCUGACUGGUAAAAUUCAUACAUAAGGCGCACCGGAUUAUGAGUACAUAUACUUGUGAUUUUUGGGUAAUUUAAAGGAUUUUAAAUGUGCCUUAUAGUGCAAAAAAUACAGUGCUCAUUAUUUCAAUACUUUUAUGUUCAUAGUUUACAGUAUAUAGACCAAGGCCACUUAUAUUCCUAAACGGACAUAUCAAUUGGAACACCAGCACUGAGAGUGAACGAGAAGCCGUACACAGACAGUGCUCCAGUACAUUCCUUUUCCUUGUUGCUGUAAAAAAAAGCUGUGUUUUGGGAGGAAGAUGGGGUCAAAAGAACUACUUUUAACCACAUUCCAGAGCACUAGCUAGAAGUGCCCUUUUUAGUUAGCCAGUGUAAGAGUGCCCUACUUAGUAAAGCAGUGUUUUAGUGCCUUACGGACACCAACUGUCUUAAAACUGAAAUUUAACAAAAACUGAACUGACCCAUGAAUUGACUCUUAUUAUAAGUCAAGGUGCAGCUGUUUCAGCUUAGAGUGAGUGAGCUUUCUGAUAUUUUCAGUGUAUUUCUUUCAGUAUUGUAUGUUGUAAAAGUGGCCAUAUGCUACAACAACAGACAGAGACAUUAAAAUGAAAAUUUCUGUUCAUUUAAAGGUUCUCUUUUAAACCAGAAUUGGUUCUUCGGUGGCAUUACUCCGAAUAAUAAUUUUUCUAUCAUUAUAUUUAAGAGUGUACUGAAGCUGGAUUGACCCACUUGGUUCAUCCACAUAGAUUUCACUCCACAGUGAAUCUUACAAAUCCGAAGAUUAAACCUUCUUAAAUCUCGCAGAACCAAAGAGUGGGUUCUCCUCUACUUCUGAAUCGAUGUUUUUCAGAUCUCGUCCUUUGUGUGUACAGAUUUUAUAAUUACUAAAAGAAAAAGCAAGCAGAGUGAGCUAUGUCUGUGUAGUGUUACAGUGCAUAAUGAAUGUGCUUAAUUUGAGAUGAAUGUUUCUUAUCGUUUGUUUUGACUUGGUACCUUCACAUACCAUAAAUAAAAGAAAACUAUGCAUGUGUUUUAUAUUUACUUGUAUAUACAUAUACUCAUGGAAAGUAUAAGCCUCUGCUAGCCGUUGUUGUAUUCGUGAUAUGUGUGUUUUUAUGGCAGUGUUUCUGUGAGGACAGUAUUUUAUUUGAUUUGAUUUUGUUUUUUGCCAAGUGCUGCAUUCCAUUCAUUAUCUGCAGGUAUCUGCCGUCUGCUUUUGCAUUCCUUUUUGUUAUUAAAUGCCAAAUUACAUUUCCAAAUUUCUACUUAUUUGUGUACAUACAAUCUGUAUAUGCUUUGCAGGUGCGUUUUUCCACAUCAACAACAAAAAAAAACAACUAUGUACGAAGCUGUCACACUUCCUUUUAUGCAAUAAAGCGUUAUUUUCUCAG